AUGCAUGAGUCUGUCGAUGCAUUCGGACUCAUCUUACCAGAGCAUGAUCCGUCCUCCGAAGACGACGACGAAGACUUGAAACCGAGAAUACCGCAUUUGGGGAAUAUACCAGGCGCCGCAUCCCAAUCUGCUACCAUAUUGCAACGCGCUGGCAUCAUGAUAAGCGAUUCAGCUAUACAAGAGCACAUUGCGUCUGGUCGCGGACAAGACGCGUUGGCUUGUCAGCUGCCGUUCAGGGUUCCAGAUCUGCAGGACAUGCGCAAGUUCAUGGAGAAGCUGCGAAAGCUAAGGCGACCUCAGCCAGCAGCUGUCAAGAGCAGAGGGAGACGCAAGUCACCUUCGUUGAGUGACAGAGACCCUAUAGUCGGCAUAGGAAAAAUGUACGGCAGUACUAAGCCCCACCUUGUCGAGAGUGACAGAGACAGCGAUUCUGACGCAAUGGAUGUAGAUCCGCAACCACGAACAGUGCUGCAACGAAUCGUGAAGAAGUUCCACAUGGAAGAUAACCCUGAGCAACAGCUUGUGAUGAAAAUAUUCGACGAUCACCAUGAGCGGGGCAUGUGGAGGGAUGAGCAACUAUUGAUGUAUAUCGCGGGUGUUGGCGGGACAGGCAAGAGCCACGUCAUACAGGCCAUGACGACGUAUCUCGGAAUGCAAGAUCACGGAGAAUGGCUCUUGAUAGCUGCACCUACUGGUAUUGCGGCGGUACUUGUCAAUGGGUAUACCAUACACGCGUUGACCUAUCUGAACGUGGGGGGUGGGGGUAAAGAUGAUAGUUAUUCAGAGUUGUCGCCGGAGAAGAAGAAGGCUGUCGAAGAGAUCUGGCGACGUGUUAGGUAUCUUGUCAUUGAUGAAGUAUCCAUGAUCUCAGCUACACAACUGACCUAUAUAUCCCGUAGGUUGAAGGAGGCACGUAGCAAUGUACCAGGCGGCGAUCGUCCGUUCGGUGGAAUCAAUAUCAUCGCCACAGGCGACUUCGGGCAGUUGGAACCUGUGGGUGGUAGAGCUUUGUUUCAUACCAGCCUUGUCAAUCGCCUCGAUGAUAACGCUGGUAUGACUGACCGCAAGCAGUUCGCUCUUCACGGAGCCUAUCUCUGGCGGUUGUUUGAUACUGUGGUCGAGCUAAAGAAGAUCGUUCGUCAGCAGGACGACCCAUCUUACGGUGAAAUGCUUAGUCGGAUCAGACUCGGUCACGCUACUACGUGUGGCCCAGGUGGUGUCAUGGAGGGUUCAGAUUACCAUACCAUCUCCGAGCGCACUUUAGACUCGAUACGAGUCAGUAAACGAGAAUCUUUGGACAAGUUCGAAGACUCGCCUAUCAUAGUCGGGGACCGCGUCAGCCGCGAUGCCCUGAACCUGCGUCUUGUUCACACAAAAGCUAUGCAUCGUGGUAUCCAGCCGGUGUUCUUGUGUGCCAAGGAUAAGCGAUCAGGGUCCAAGGAUCCGCUGUCGGGACCACUCGCAAAGGCAGCGAUCCUGCUUCCUCCUGGUAAAGUUGAUGUUAUGGGGUGCAUACCAUACUUCCCCGGGAUGCGAGUGAUGAUAACAGAGAACCUGGCUAUGUGCCACAAGGCGGUUAACGGCCGCGAAGGCGUAUUGCGCAAAGUGGUGGUCGAGAAGGGGAUGGACGAGAUGCUUCACGCAGUAUGCGCGUUCGUCGAAGUCGAGGGUGUGGGGCCUGUAUACCCAGGUCUACCGGAUGACAUCAUUCCAGUAUUCCCUUCGCGUACCACACAUAAGUUUUGGUCUGGGUACGCAGAAUGCUGGGUUAGUUUCGUGAGAGAGCAGAUUCCCUUGAUGCCAGCGUACGUCUAUACGGACUACAAGGCACAGGGAAGAUCCCUCGAUACGGUCAUUGUAGACCUAGCGAGCACUUCGAAACCACAGGGUAGGUAUGUCAUGUUGUCUAGAGUGAAGACGCUCGACGGGUUGGCUGUUCUGCGGCCGUUCUCAUCUGAGUGUUUUAGUAGACCGUUGCAGAGGUAUAUCAAGAAUGAGAUGAAUCGCAUUUCAGGGCUUGCUAUAUUGACGGCAUCCAGACUAGGAGAGCAAGCUGAAGACGAUACAGAGUUUGCGGACGACUUCGGACUAGAAACCGGCGCCGUUCGAUGUCGAGCGGAAGACGCUAUGUCUGUGGACGCAGAUGUAAACUGCACAGACAGCGCUAACGAGGACUCUAUGAUAGAUGAUGAUGCAUAUUACAGUACCGAGAGCGAUGAAGGAGAGUCCGACUAUGAGGAGGACUACAUGGUGGUAGAGGAAGAGUUGUGA